GUUUUUUACUGCCCGUGGACAAACGCCGGAUGUACGAGCUUGUCGCAUGAGCCGGCGCCAAAAGUUCACAAGCGCGUACAGCUAGGUGCGCGUUGAUUUAGCAACAACAAUAUGCUUCUCUUGAGCUGCUCGACAAAUAAAAGCGACGACCCACCAGCACAAACGGGUGCGCUAGGGAAUGCAAUGCAUGGAAGCGUCGGUUGCUUGUCUCAUUCGUUGCCGCCAUGGAAGCUCCGGACGAACUCGGAGCGCGUGAGCGCAAUCAACGAUUACAGACCCCGCCACAUCGCCCUCAACGAUUUUCCUCCUCCGCCUCUCCCCACUUCCACGCCCCGACACAUCGUGCGUACGUACGUACCUACGCGCGCGCCCAAGUUCCCGACGGCCGCCGGCGAUGGCGCUCGCGUCCCGGUUCUGCUCGCCGCCGCCGUCCCAGUGCGGCAUCAUGCUGGGAGGGGGGCCCUUCUUCCCGGGCUUCGGCGUGGACUGCGAGGAGCACGCAUCUCAGGACUACACGCCGCCGGCCCCUCCGCCGUCGCCGGAUUACACUCCGCCGGCCCCUCCCCCGUCGCCGGAUGAUGACACACCGUCGGGCCCUCCGCCGCUCGCGAGCUCCAAGGACUGCACUCCCUCGGCUCCUCCGCCGUCGCCGGAUUACGCUGCCUCGGGCCCUCCGCCAUCGCCAGACUACACUCCCUCGUGCCCUCCACCGUCGCCGGAUUACGCUUGGUCGGACCCUGCUGCUCGGUUCGCUUCCCCGGCGAAGACGCCUUCGCCGCGACCCGCGUCCCCAGGCCCAGAGUACACGCCGUCAGAGCACGCUGCUGCAUCACCUUACUACACUUGGUCGUCUCCUCCUCCGCACGCUUCUUCUCCGGAUUACACGCCCACCAGGCCGUCUCCGCCGCCCUGGUGCUGCAGUCCGGCGCGAGGUCGUGGGCGCCGCCGUAUCACACUCACGCACCGCCGCUUCCUUCCAGUGGCGCCGCGUAGCCGGACUACGCGCCCAGCAUGCUGCCUCUGUUGCCCACGGUGUUAAUUAGAAGCCGAGUCGCCCACGUCGGCACCGCGUGGCAGCCACCAGAGGAGCGGCCGGCGCCUGCUGGAUCAACCGCGGCGGACGUCGGCGAGCCUUGGGAUGUUGGCAUCUUGUAAACUGAAAUAGGAGAGAAACAUAUUAACAUCUUGUAUUACUCUGCAUGAAUAGAUGAACAUAUUGGCAUA